CUUUUUUUAGCUUUUUUCUUUUUUCCCUUUCUUAAUGGAGCUUUCAAAGACAGAGACGAUCGCGCUUUUGGUAUCUAAUAAAGAGGAAACAGUGACAGGGCCUAUAUUUAUCAAGAGUCAGUCUCAACAUGGUUGGAAUUUGUCUUUAAAAGUUGGUGAUAAACAACACGCUUGGGAUUUUAAUCAAUGUGUAAAAGCAGAUUUACAAGGAAAUCUCACUGAAAAGUAUCAAGAGCUCAUCAAUCUUGCAAUGAAUGGUUAUAAUGCGGCUGCUUUAUAUCUUAGUAUAGGAUCGCUCUAUCUUUACGAGAAUAGACAUCAAAGCCAUGAGGCAAUACUAAGUCAAUUGAAAGAUACAAUUGCAUCAGCCAAGAAUCCUAUUCAUAUCGAGUAUGUCUAUAUGUGUGUGACAGAUGAUGAGUGUUAUGAUUGCAGGAAGGAUAAGUGGCAUUCAGCAUCCUCUGUAUUUGAAGCUGGUCUUGAUUCAUUCAUGAAGGAGGUUAGCAGUAUUGACGAUAUAUGGAAAAAGGUUAAAACGGGAUGCAAACUCCCCUUUGUAUUAAAGAUUCUAUUGCAUGAUAAAGUGACAAAGCGUCAUGGACAUUUGUUGAUCAUUGAUUUGCUUCAUCCCAAGUUUUUUACGGAUAUCACAUCUAAGAUUCAUUAUUCAUUCAUCAGCCUUCGAUAGGAAACGUCAUUGACACAAUUAUAACGCGCGACCAUCAUGGUCGCAUUGCCUUAGAGCCCCACCUGCUAGUCAGUAUACUUGCAGAGUAUAUUAGUGGGAGAAGCAAGUUGACAGUAUUCACCUAUUUGAACGAAUAUCCGCAAAAAGAAUAUGAUGAAGUAAUUGCCGUUCUUGAUCUUGUACGCUCAUUAAA